GACAUUUUGAAGAUCCCGGACCCGGUCAUGUACCUGACGUUUAUAAGCGUAGCGACCUGCUUGCCAGCAACCAUCUCCUGCAUUCUGGUCGGUCAAGAUGGAUUUGGCGAGAUGGCCGUCGCUGGCCUUAUUGGAGGAAACGUGUUCCAGACUCUCAUCUGCUCGGGUUUGCCCUGGCUGCUGGCAGCUCUCAUGAACCACGCGGGUAGAAUCAACAUCCGCAUAAACACCAACGAUAUUAUCUAUUCGGCCGUCACGCUGCCUCUAUGCGGCCUCAGUGUUCUCGCAUGCUUGCGUCUGACUCGAUGGCGUCUCAGCAUCUACAGCGGCUUCUUCAUGCUCGUACUUUACGCUGUCUACGUCACCAUAGCGACGCUGUACGAACUCGAUUAUUUCUGAGCUGUUAAUUGGUUAAAAUGCGUUGACGAAACAGCAUCGCAACCGUGCCAAUAAGAAAUGUUUUUUUUUGUCUUGUGCGUGUGUGUGUGGGGGGGGGAUUCGUGAGUAUUUUUCUUUAGUGAUAUUCGAUGAAAGGUUAUGCGAAGAAGUAUAGAAGCAAAGAAACAAGCAGUAGACCUACAAAUAAAAUAGACUAAAAAUCUCUCGCUCCUUAUAGUCUAUUUAAAGCUAGUCGGACGUUUAUAUAUAUAAUACAUACAUAUAUAUAUUACACAUAUGUACUAUAUAUGUGUAUAUAUGUAUAUAUGUAUCAUAUUGUAUAUGAUCUUUGAUAACAUAACAUGCUUUUACGGUAAUGGGAAAUAUUGUACCAGGGCAAUAAUCUUGUAGGGUAGAGCUUUUUGUAAAAGAUUUGCGUGUGCUCGCGCGUGUGUGUGCAUCAUGUGUGUGUGUGUGUGUGUGUGUGUGUGUGUGUGUG